GCUGCUGCUGCUGCUGAGGGUAUACAGUCUCCGUGCUUCUGUGCACAGCACCACCACACACUGCUGUGCUCCGUAGUCUGAGACCAUGAGCGAGGCGAAGAAAGGUGAGCUCGCCAUCCGGGAUAAAGCCAUCCUGCACCAGCAGAGGCGUCUGAAGCAGGCCACCCAGUUCUCCCACAAGGACUCGGCUGACCUCCUGCCCCUGGACGGGCUGAAGAGACUGGGCACGACCAAAGACCUGCAACCUCACAGCAUCGUGCAGCGUCGCCUGAUGGAGGGAAACAUCACCCGGCUCAGGGGCGAGGCCCGGGACUCCAGCGGCAGGAUCCGCUCCCCGCUGGCCGACAACAAGGACGGGCCCGCCGACGCCGAGGAGAAGAGCGAGAGCACGGCCGACGACUCCACGGAGGAGAGGGAGUCCCUGGAGGAGAGCGAGAGGAGCCUCCGGUCGGACGAGGAGGACGACAGCAGCGAGGCCGGAGCCAGGCCCACGGCCGAGAAGGGCGAGGUCACGGAGAGGUCGAGCCUCCUCACAGCUCUGGUUGUUCAGUGCAAGUGCUGCGAGAGCGAAGUCAACGCAUCCAUCAACACCGGCAUUCAACACAACCACAUCUCCACCUCCUGCUGCCAGAGGCUGGGGUUGGUUCCCAUUCAGGACGGUUCCCCUUGUGGGUUGAGCAGCUCAGUGACGGGUCUGCAGCUGCAGCUCGGCCGACAGACGCUCCAGUGUUCAGCUUACGUCAAAGAGGACGAGGCGUUCGAGCUGUGCCUCGGUCUUCAGACUCUGCUGGAACUCAAAUGCUGCUUAGACCUGAGCAGCCGGGUCCUGAAGCUGCAGGGAUGUGGCGAGGAGCUGCCCUUCCUCGACCCCCCCAUCGACAGCCAGUGCCAACACGACACCAAUGAGAACCUGUGAGUUCGACUCCAACAGCGGCGAUCGCUUCCUUGGGUCCUGACCGGUCGCAGCAACGUGGCACGAUGCCAUAUUUCUUUAUUUUUAUCAUCUGAUGACAGUGCCUCACGCUGCCCGAGCACGGACGAGCAUUCGCCGCUGCCGCCGCCGCUGUUGUCCUUGAGUUUACAUCAUCGUAUUUGUAGAAUUGAGACAUUCAACAUGAUUAUCUCUUAAAUUAGUUUAGUUCCCAGAGCGGACGAUGAUGAUCCGACCUCUGUACGUCUCAUGAUUCUUUAUGAUUAUUCUAUAUAUUCAUCCCGACUCCAGUGCUGAGCUCAGGUGCACUGAUGCUCUCCACCAACAGAACCAUCAUAAUUAUAUAAGUGGAAUUCAGUGGGAAUAUUUUGUGAUUUGACUGUCGAAGAAGAACGACAAAUGUGUUAAUUGUAAAUCUUUCAGUUUGGAUUCUGUUAAAAGGAAUAGUUUCAUAUUUUGGGGAAUCAGCUUAGUUCAUAAUAAGUUAGAAAUGAAGGAGUGUGCAGCUGCAGCCAAUUAGCUUAGGACUGGAAAUAGAUGGAAACAGCUAGACUGACUGGGUUUGAUGGGAAACAUUAAGUACAAGUACAAGUACCCUUGGAUAAGAAGUGCUGGAUUAAACAGAAACAAACAUAUUAAGUGUUUAAGGCCCCAACCUUAUAUUUACCUAAUUAUAAAAGUGGGUUUACUCUCCUUAACAUCAACAUGAAUGCAAAUAAGCGCAUAUUUCCUAAAAUGUCAAACUAUUCCUCAACGAGUCAACAUUAAAUGCUCAUCUCUAAAGUUGCGGUACUCAGGAUGCCCCGUCCAGUGUUUUCAAAAGAACAUUUUGAGAAGUAAUUUGAAGUUAUUUGAAGUCUUGUGAAUCAGGUUACCUCCUCCUUCAGAAACAGGGACAGGUUCACAUGUGGAAUUUUAAAAUAGAUAUCAGAGUUUUUGACGUACUCAUAUUCAAACUUCGCCCCCUUUUCUUUUCCAAUCACAGAGACUGAUGUGGUUACAUUUUCCACGAGCACACACACUCAGACUCAACUGCAGACUAGUUCCCCUAAAAAAAACCCCUCCUGAUGGAGAAUAGACUUCAGGCCAGACGGACAAACAUGCUUGAGUCAGACUCAGCUACAGGAAUAUCAAAACAUUCCAUCUGCAUGACUUUGUAAAGUUCUGCCUUUGUAUAAGUCUGCAUGUUUGUGUACUAGUGCGAUUGUGUAACGUUGAACGUCUGAAGGGGCUGUGUGUGUGUGUGUGUGUGCUUUCGUAUGCAUGUACUGUGUGUGUGUGUGUGUGUUGGGAGUCAACAGCAGGGUUUUUCCACCUUGUUAUUGCUCUGGUUUCACAUGAGUAGGGGGGGGGAAGAAAAGAAUUGGCCCCAUCGGCCCCCAGCCGGUCCACCGAGCUCCGGUAAGAGCAAGCUGCCAAAAAGCCGACUCCCGCUGCCUUCCCUCUCUGCCUCUGUCAGGUGCUCGAAUCACUCGGCUGUGCCAAGGCCCCUCUCCGAGCUCACCCUCCUCUUCGUUCAACCUCUCUCCUCCGUGCAUCUAACACCUUCUCACUCUUGACACCUCAUGUUUUGCUGAUUUGCCCGUCACAAGCGCAGGAGGAGGAGAACUCGCUCCACACUACAGCGCCGCCUGCCUCUCUCGUCUCUCUGUGUUCCCAUCGUGUGGCGACUGAAGAGCUGCCUCAGUCGUGCUCACAGGAGGACAUCACGCUCUGCUUCAGUUCCCAUCGAAUCGGGAGCUGGUCCACACGUAGAUUGACGAUGUUUAGUUUCUCUUUGCUGUAUUUGUGACCUUCCUGUGCCAUAUGAGAGGAAUCAAUGUAAGACAGAAAUUUAUUUUUGGUGUUUCCCUUCUUCUGAACAGUAUUUUC